CUUAAGGGUAUAAAAAGCAGUAGUGAGGGAGAAAAAAAAAAAAUCACUGUCAGUUGCGGCCAAAAUCCUUCUGUGGGGAUUCUGAACUAUGACAUCAUGGCAAGAUUUCGCAGAAGAACAUGCAUCAUUUUGUUGCUUUUUAUUUUGUUUAUUUGCUCCAUAAUGAUGGCUUUGAAGACUCUCAGACCUGACAGAGCUGGCUUUGGAGAUCCAUUUGGACUUGGUUUGUUGCCGGAGCUUCAACAACGGACAGUGCUCUUAGACAGUAAACAGAAUUCACUAAAUAGGGCUCAAGGAGAUACUGUAACACGUGUCAGUAAUUUGCAUAGUAUUGCUAUCAAUACUAUGAAAGCAUCUAUGUCUCCAGUAAAAAAGCUGGAAGAGGAGCUGUCUUCUCCUAAUUAUAACUUUCACAUAUUCUACUAUACUUGGUAUGGGAAUCCACAGUUUGAUGGUAAAUAUAUUCACUGGAAUCAUCCAUUGUUGCCACACUGGGAUCCCAAAAUUGCCAACAAUUAUCCAAAGGGAAGGCAUAAUCCUCCUGAGGACAUUGGGGCCAACUUUUAUCCAGAACUUGGAUCUUACAGUUCCAAAGACCCUACUGUCAUAGAAGCCCACAUGAAACAAAUGCGUUCAGCUUCAACUGGUGUAAUAGUGCUUUCAUGGUACCCACCAGGUAUGGCUGAUGAAAAUGGAGAACCAACUGAUGAUUUGGUGCCAGUUGUUUUGGACUAUGCACACAAAUAUAACUUAAAGGUUACUUUUCAUAUUGAACCUUACAAAGACAGAGAUGAUCGCAGCAUGUACCACAACGUCAAGUACAUCAUUGACAGAUACGGAAGCCAUCCAGCCUUUUACAGGCAUAAGACCAGCACAGGCAGACUUCUUCCCAUGUUUUAUGUUUAUGACUCUUACGUAACAAUUCCUGAAAUAUGGGCAAAUCUGUUAACUGUCUCUGGAUCCCAGAGUAUUCGAAAUACUCCCUAUGAUGCAUUAUUCAUUGCACUUCUUGUAGAAGAAAGACAUAAGCAUGACAUUCACAGAAGUGGUUUUGAUGGAAUGUACACAUACUUUGCCACCAAUGGCUUCUCCUACGGCUCAUCUCAUCAUAAUUGGGCAAGUUUAAAGGCCUUUUGUGAUAGUAACAACUUAAUGUUUAUUCCAAGUGUGGGGCCAGGUUAUAUUGAUACCAGCAUCCGACCAUGGAACAACCACAACACCCGGAACCGUGUCAAUGGGAAGUACUAUGAGACUGCCUUCAGUGCAGCCCUUCUGGUGCGACCAGAAAUUAUUUCCAUUACAUCUUUUAAUGAGUGGCACGAGGGAACUCAGAUUGAAAAAGCUGUCCCUAAACGGACUGGACAGGUGGUUUACCUUGAUUAUAAACCCCAUAAACCAAAUGUUUACCUAGAGCUUACUCAGAAGUGGUCUGAGAAGUACAGGAAAGAGCAAGAGCAGUGGCUUAUGUGAGCUUUCCCAGCUGCAGUUUUUUCCUAAUGCAUUGACUGUAUUGAGGAAGAAAUGGAGAGCUGAAGAAUCUGUUACUAAAUGUCUUUAUUAUGUCUUUUGAAUGUGUAUGCACUACUACUGAAUUUUAAUUUUGAAAAGUAAAAAGAUCAUGAGAAUAUUGGCAAUUCUGCCUUACUGGAUAUUUUAGUUCAAAAAUAUUUAGGGAAAGCUGGUUUUUUGUUCAGUUGUUUUUGGGGUUUUUUUAACUUUGUAACCUGCAUGCUGAGUUUUCAGAACAUCUGCAUGGGAUAACGCUACAUGACCAAAGUAUAACAAAAACCUGGCAGUUUCUUCCUUCCUUUCUGUAGUUGUUUUUCUAUACAAACUGAUGCUGUAAUCUAAAUCCUCAUAGCUUCUUGCAGGAUGCACAUCUAUACUGUGUGGGGAAUAAUCUACAUUUAUGCUUUUUGAUGCUUUGCAUACGGAGUUCUUGACAUAUGAUUAGCUUGUGGUAAAAGCAUUGAAGAGUUAUGUGUGAUGCAACACCACUGGGGUUUGUUUAAAAAAAAAGUAUUUGAAAGAAAGUUUCAAAGAACUACUGAAAGAUUUCUAGUUUACGUACAUUUUUUCUGUUUGGUACAUGAUGUAGACUUUUUCAGACUACUGGAUACUGACCAGGAAGAUUUUUUUUUUCUAUUACUUUGAAGAACAAAACAAAACAAAACAACAACAAAAAAAAGUGGCAUUAGAGUGGAAAAUAUUGUUUGAGGGGAAAACCCCCCUAAAGAUGUAAAAAUAUAUUAAAACUUCCAUUGUUGCUCAUUAUAUUAUUUGCUAAUUGGUUGCAUACACAGACCUAGUGUGCUUUUUUAAAUGUUUACAGUUUCUAAACCCAAUAUCUUACUCAUCCUACAUAACUUAAUUGUUGGAAAUAUGUUUUUUGUUUCUGAUUUAGGAGCAACCUAAUUUGGUAGCAACUACAAAACCAGAUUGAGAGAGCAACUACCAAUGAGAACAACUACCCAUUCAUUUAUUUAAUUUGAAAUCUGAGAUUUCUCUUUUUCAUCUAGUCCAUUUAGUUAUUCCAGGAUUCAGAACUGUAGAUGCUGAAAUCUUGUUAUUCACCUAAGCACCCUGCCAAUGCUACCUGUAGGACUGUGUUGUGGCUGGAAAUGAGUAUUUUCAGUCCUAAGAAUCUCACCUGUCAAAUGUUGUGAUUAUUAACUGGCAUUUUUUAUGAGGUUUGAAAGGUUCAAUCACACAGACAUACCGCCUCAGCAAUACAUUUUUUGGGAUUUUCAUAGAAUUUCAUAACAAAGUUGUAAACUUUGGAAUAGGAGAAAUUGCAGUGUUGUUUAUUUGCAGCAAGUGUUUAAUCCUAGCAAAGUGGAUUCUUUCUUAGUUGUUUAUUUUUUUAAUCUACAUAUAAGGUUCUGAUCCUGUGUUUUAGUUCAUAUGCUCAGAUUGUUGUAACAGCUAGAAUUCCAUUGAUUUCAGCACAACCCAUGAAAAUUACAUUCUUUACUCACUGUAAUCUGUGCGUUAAGAGGUAAGGUAAAUGUGAGGACUUCUGUUAAAACAGAAACCAAACGAGUAUAUUUUUUUCCAGAAAACAUCAUUCCAAAUAAAUCUAAACCAGUUACCACUAUAAAUUUCUAGAGUCUUCCUGGUGUGAAAAAGUUUUUUUAUAUAUCUCUUGCUUAUUUACAGUGUAGGUUUUUUGUCGUUUCUUUGCGGUUGUUCAAGUGAUGAGGUGUCAUCUAAUGCCCUCAGGUGCUUGAAAAAUUACAGAAAUUGGAUGGCAGAUAUAUGACCUGGCAUGCUGAAGUGUACCUCUAGAGUUACUGGAGUCUUAUUAAUCUCUCUUCAUAUUUUUUUGCAUUUUCCUAUGGCAUUUCUGCGAAGUCUGAAAUGUCUCUAAAGAAGUGUUUACUAAUGUUUAUUUUGUUUUGCUAUACUCAGGUGGUAGACUGACAUAGACAUAGGUAUGACCACAGUCAAAAAAUAGUGUCUGAGACAUAAAAAGCACUCCUUAGGCUUUGACCACUUCCAAGUUAACUACUCCUUUUUUUUAAGGAAUCUGAUAUGACUUAUUUUACUGUAACUCCCUUAAAUAGCUAUACAUAACUAAUUUUUAUAAUUUGUUGUAUGUUUGUGCUUUUACAGCCCAGAGUCCAUAUAUUUAUUUUAAAUGUGAGGGAACAAUUAAAUGUUUUGCAUAUGUUAUUAAAAGAUCUUCUGAAAUCGCAGUGUCUUCAAACAUUUUGAAAUGACAAGUCUCUUUGCUUAAACUUUUGUCAUCCACUGGUCUUUUCUCUCUGUAGUUACCUGAGCACUUUACUGGUCUUGACAACUUUGCACUCACCUUUCAGCCCUUACUUUCUCCUAGUGGCAGUUUAUUUUCUCUGUGACUGUGAAAGUCACUCCUUUGUUGCUGUGUAUAGAAACAUUUGAAAUCUAUUGUAUGGUAUUGUACAACUGAGGUAAUCCAUCUUGUUUAAAAUGCAAUUUUUGGUAACAAUGUAAUGGAUCUUCAUUACACCAAAAGACUUUUGGAAUCACUGUAAAGGUAUCUUUCAACCCUUGCCGUGAAGUAAUUUGGGCCAUGGCACACUGACGUCCAGUGGGACCUUCAGAAGAAUUUACAGAAUUUCUCUAGAAAAGAAUGAAAAUUAAGUGCCUAGAAUUUCAUCACCCCUGAACACUUACUGUAUUUUUACGUGCUUGAUGAGUUUUAAAACAUAAAUAUGCAACCUCACGUAAUAUUUCAGAAUUGAGAAUUUAAUUUGAUGAUCCUAAGGAAAACUGAUGAAAUAGCAGCUACUAGAACUACCUGCCUGACCAAUACUUUCUCUGUACUUAAAUCAAUGUGCUGCUUCUUGUUAUAGGGAAUGGAGAGUUUUGCUUAUGGACUAUUGCUGCGGUCGUGAUACUUCUUUGAAAUUUGAGUAAAAAUAUGUCUGUGGGAAAGGAUUUGUACAAAUGCAAAGGAAUAAGAUGGUUACAAGGGCACAGUUACUGGGGCAAGGGAGGAGAAAAGUGAAUGUAUUUGAGAAGGUGAUUACUCCAAGCUUUAACAUUACAGUAGGGAAAAAAGGGGGCUCCAGUGUACAACCAAAAUUGGGAGGCAGGGGAGAACAUUUGAAAUUAUUUUGAGAUUUGAAAUAGAUUUAAGGAAUAUCCAGAUCCCAUUUCAUUUUGGUGUCCCACCACUUAUACUUCUUGGCCAUCUGGGGCAAAAUACUGCAAUGACUGUUUUUAAUAUUUUCACAGUGAUUAAAUGCAAUUAACUCAUCUUGUUACAUUAUUUCAUAGGACUUAGAGUGAUAUGGGAAGUUUUAAAAGAGAUCGUGCCAUGUUAUGCCUCUGCAAAUACAGAAAUACCUGAAGUAAUCAAUCACAUACUGCUGACUGAGUAUCACCAGGGGGUAAAUGGUUUCUAGACAAGUAGCAAGUCCUUGUGGUAAAAAGAGAACAUAUUUUUAAAAGAAAAUCUAUAGGUUCAUUUCUGCUUCUGUGAGUUAUGAUCAAGUAAAUUGUUUUAGUUCUGUGAGCUGUCUCAGAACUGAAGCUUAGUGCAUCAACUCUGAAAUAAGAAUGUGUAUUAAAUCUUGUAUAGUAGUGCAUGUUUGUCAGAUCUGUAAUCUUAUACUGAAUUUUGUGGGCAAACACGUACUGAUGCUGUUACUAUUUCAGAGGCAAGUUGUAGAUUAUUGUGAAUAUAGUUUUUGAUUUGAUGUUCAUCGUAUUUGUCUAGUGCAUUUCUUUUGAGGUGCCAAUGAUUUGUCUCUUAAGAGGUUGUUGAAGCAGAAGGUUCUUCAGUGAAAACAUUUUUGUUAUGAAACUUGGUAUGUAUAUGCUCUGCAUAGUUUGAAUUAACAUUCACACAUGGUUCUUAGAUUCAAUUGGAAGCAUCUCUCAGGGGUGUUUUCAGCUCUAUGUUGCCAGUAAAUAUAUCUCUGGGUACAUAGAUAAGGACUUACUGUGAUUUAGGGCACUUUUUUUCCUGAAUCUCAUGAACAUAAAAAGAGGAAAUAAAGAAUUUAUAAACAAAUUAUUUGCCACUGCAUAUAAGAAGAAAAUCUCUCUCUUAGUCCUGCAAGUACUUGUCUUCAUCUUUUUACUUUGUUAAGAUCGUGUCAAUGUUUUGUUCCUUUUUGUCUUUUACUUUUGGUCAGCAUGUUAAAUACUCUAUAAAUUUCUAAAGAGACUGUAUUUCUAAGAUUUCAUAGUUGGGAUAUUCAGUAAAGAGAAUCUACAAGAUUAAUGGCACUGCAGAAAAGGCUGAUGUGAAUUUGAUAUUGUAUAGGUGAUUUUGUUGUGAAUGGAUAGUGUGUCUUUGAUAUGCAUUGAACACAAAUAAAAAAUACCUUUCUUUUAAUACCCUA